AACUGUAUGGGGUGUAUCCGUUCUACCUACUCAUGGAUCUCACUCUGUUUGUUCUGGGGGCCUAGCCAACAUACAUGCCUUUCGUAUAGAAUAGAUUUCUACAAACGUUAACGCCACGGCGUUUGAAACGAUAGAAUAGAAUAAGUAGCUAGCCAAAUUACAUUGGCGAAGACGAUCGCUCAUUCUAUAAUCAAUGUAGAAAAAACUUAUUUUUUUGUCUAUGGUCAGCGUUUUCAAAAACGUCAAAUGAACGUCAGGCAGGUUCGUGACGUUAGUUCGUAAUAAAAUUUUUAGCGGGUGAAACUUAUUUGAAUGUAAGUAUAAGAAUAUUGCAGUUUGAGUUUUAUACUCGGUAAAAAAGUAUGCUACAAGUUCAUUUUACUAUUAUAAUAUGAAAGUGAAGAAUAUGUUUACGAAAAAUAUGCUUAUAGGACACGAUUGGUUUAAAAAGUAUAGUAAUACGUGGGUAUUUUAUGAACAGACAUUAUUUUUAUUUGAGUUUUUCCUUUUAGUUUAUUAUCGUAACAGUAACAUGGAGUCCAGAGCUCGAGCAAGCCCUGAACAGUUUUCAGCGAUCCUGGAAUUUAUGGAAAGCCACGGUGACAUAUCAUGGCCCCAACAGGGUCCUCAAGGCCGAAUAAAGGCAGACCGCUUGUGGCAUGAACUUGUUCAGUCGUUAAACUCCAUGGGUGGAGGAGUAGUUAAGCCAUUGGACAAAUGGAAAAAAGUAUGGGCGGACUGGAAAACCAAAACUAAGAAAAAGGCGUUGACUAUGAGACGCGAGGCUUCUGGUACUGGUGGUGGUCCCAGCAGCCGGCUUACCCUCACCCCUUUAGAGGAUAGGGUGCUAGGGAUAAUGGGGUUAACUGCUGUUGUUGGUCAACCAGGAAUAGAUGAGAGAGGAUUUGACGCCCCACCAUCUACUGACACUCUAAUGCCAGCAACUGGAGAAGCAGUGCAAAAUAAUAUGUCCACUCAAGAUUCAUCUCCAUCUGUAGCCCCUUUGUCGCUACCUCAGCCCUCAUUUGAAUUUAUCUUUGGUCCAACACCAAGUACCCCAAUGGUAGUGGAGCCCGGGCCUGAACCAGCGCCUUCUAUACCGCCUACGACUUCGCCUCCUGUGACUGCGUCCCGUGGAGCCCCGCGGCGUCGAAGACGUCCAGCCGGCCAUUCUCCCGCAUCAUCUCUCGCAACAUCCACUCCUCAUCGCCGUGGAGUAUUUCGGGCGCGCACUCGCCGGAUUCAAACGCCGUUCGAACGAGCCACAAGCGAGUUUGUGGCUAUUGAACAACGUCGGCUACAACUGGAAGAGUCCCGUGAGGAGAAGCAUCACCACAGGGAGAUGGAAAGGCUGCGGUUGGAAUCAAGGAGGUUGGAUAUACAGGAAAGCAUGAUCAAUAUUUUAAGCAGGUUGUCGAGUAGUGUGGACCAUUUAACCAAUGUACUGCCACUUCUUACUAGGUCGUCGUCACUACCUUCUACUGAAAUUAUUUCUGAUGUUUAAUAGUGGCAUUUAGUCCAUUGAAAUAUUAUAUUUUUAAAUAUAUUUUUAUGUGUAGUGGUGUCAGUUUAAUGCUAAAACCAAUUUUGUAGGGCUGCCACCCUUGUUCCACGCCCGCCAUCUAGGAAAUAUUCUAUCUCUUAUACUAUUUCAUCAUCAUCCAUCAUCAAUCUCAGUUCUAUCCUACUACUAUUAUAAAGACGAAACUUUGUAAGUAUGG